UUUUAUGGGUUGAAGGAGAUAAAGGAUACUAUCAGCGGAGGAUACCACUGAUUAAGAUUUGAAUUGAGGGAUUUGAAAAUUUUGGUGACGGUGAAGCCAGAUGUAACGUUAUAAAAUACUGAGUUGAUAAACUUCACAGCAUGUAUACCUAACACAGCUUAGUGGAUCCAUGGAUAAAACUCAGUUCAAUCCCCAGCCCCCUCAGGAAUUGUGUCCCUUUGAUUCGCUUGAAUGGGAGCGGCUGAAGGGAAUAUGGAAUUGUUCAGACCAGGAGCUGUACCACUGCCUGCCAAACCAGUACAACUACCCCGGACAGAUCUGUGUGAAACCCAACUGGGUGCUCAAAAAUUACUGUCCCAUUUACAACACAGUUGCUGCUAAAAUUGAUUUGAUACCUUGCGACAGUCAGUACGGAGCAUGCUCAGACAAGGAUUACAGGUCAAACCUGGUGUACAUGUAUUCAGGAUGUCUCAAUAAAACAGAAAUUCUUGAGGAACUAAUCACUGAGACCCCUCCAAAGCAGUUGCUGCCUUUUCCUUUGCACUUCAUAGUGAUAGCUGCUGUAGUUGCCUUGGUUGUACUAAUUCUCGUAGGAUUAGCUUCAUGGUUUUUCUGCAGAAGAAGGAAAGCUAGGAAAUACGAACCUGUUUAUCAACUGGAACCCAUGAUUGGUCAAGAUGAAAUUCCUAUAGGUUUUCAGAAGGCAUUCAAAUACUUGAAAUAUGUGUUUACCCCAAACCACUUGUAUGAGCAUGCCAUCGGUACGUUAGAGCUCCAUCAUUGCCUCACAAUUAUUGGACCACCUGGGUCAGGGAAAACCAUAACUGCUCUCCAGCUAGCCUAUCGGAAAUGUGCAGUAGGUGGAAGGUCACGGGUGUACUUCUGUCGUUCUGUACAUGAACUUGAGUCUACAGCUGCUGGGAAAGUGGAUGCCUACAUUAUUGUAGAUGACUGGUUGGACCGUUAUCUGUACUAUCCUUCUACUCUACUUCCAGCCAUAGCUUCUUUGACUAAAUUCUAUGACGAAUUUAUUCAAAGUGGAAAGGUGCACCUCAUUUUAACAGCUCAAAAAGAUAAAUGGGCAAUCUUUAGAGACUCAUUGACAAGAUGUGCAUUGUUCGAGCAAAAAUGUUUGCUGAUAAUUGAUUCCAGUGAAUUAAAUGAAGAGGAGCGAUAUAAUAUUAUUCUUCGUCAUUUCAAGCAUUUCAAUGUUGAGGAAGGUGAUAAAAAGAAAGCGAAAAAAAAUGCAGAUAAAACAAUAGUUGUAAAAGGUACCAAGAAAAGACUUGCAAAAGAAAUCGAGGAUGAAAAUGAGUUUUCUUUUCCUGUUAUGAUUGAUUUGAUAUACAUUAAUGAAAGAUGGAGGGGCACUAUUGCACAAAGUCUGAUUUUUAAAGAUGGAUUCUCUAAAAUAUUGAGAAAAUUUUUAAAUAACUGGUUAAAGGACGAGGACAAAAUUGAAAGAAAAUGUUUUUGUGUUCUUGUAUUUGCCGCACUUCUUGGAGGCAAAGUGUCUCCUUCAGACUUUCAAAGUCCAAUUACUGGUCCGCUUUUUGAACGAGUUUGCAAGGAAUACAAACUGAUAACUAAUGCCAAUGAAGUAAAUAUUGAGAUCGAAAUGUCGAAUAACGAAAAUGAAAUGAGCGAAUCGGAAAAGAAAAAAUUGGUUCAAAAUCAACCAUCUUUAGUGGAAAAUGCUAAUUGGGGGAAAUUAAUGGAUGAAAAUGAGCGUUUAAAAGGUUGUCUUUAUAAGAUAAGUGACACUAAGUUUAUUUUUCAACACCCUUCACUGCACAGAUUUGUUCUUUCUUUCAUAAAAGAUAAAGGAGACAUUUUUUUUAUUGAAAAUGCGAAUAUUGAAGUUUUACUAAAUCAGUGUUGGUUAGAGGAUGAAAUAAUGAAAAAAUAUGAAGCCGAAACGAAGGAAAUUACACUAAAAGCACCAGUAGGGUCAGUUAUUUUGCGGACCACUUCUCUUAAGGCUUUGGCAGAGAGAGUUAGUGCAGAAAAAAGUGUAGGUUAUAAUAUACCAGAAUGGAAUAAUCACAUCUUUAUGAAUCAAACGACCUUUCAGAAAAUGUGGGGAAAAGUUCAGUCUGAGCUUUGAUGAUAUAUUUUAAUUUCAAAUUUUAAAUUAUGAUAAAAAUGACUGUGUCUGAUAUACUGGUACAUGUAUAUAUAGGUUGUAUGUCCAUUGACAUUUUUCUUUGUACAUGUAUGCACUGAAAAGGUAUAUCGGUAACAUGUAGCUUCUUUGGUUAACGUUGGACACUUAAGCGAUUUGAUCAUCAUUAACAUUAUCAUUAACAUCGACGGAUAUCUUACAUUAUUUAUUUCAUGUUUGUUGGUAUUUUGCUUAAUCGGGUGGUUUUUCUGUUUUGGAUAAAACUUAAAACAACUGAAACGACUAGUUUUUUUUACAUUACAUACACGUUUGAAUGACAAUUGAUGAUUUUUUUUCAAGUCUAGAAUACAUAUCAAAUUAGAAAGUAUAAUUACCAAAAUCUAAGCUUCGGAGAAAACACAAUUGACUCCCACCUACUCCCCCAAUAAGAAAAAAUCUCAAUCUGGGCAUUAUAAACAAUAUCUAUUAUAAUUAUGCGCAGAUAAAUACCAAUUAUUCACAGAAACGAUGAAAAUCCACGCAGAUUAUUAACCGAUUUAAGUUUAAGCUCAGCGGAGCUGAAAGCUCAACGACAGCUAUUUCGUCUAUCUUUUGCCUCCCAACAGAAUAUUUUACCACUGUAUGAAAUAGUCUGAAAAUUUUUUCAUAUUUUUAACACCAUCUAAAGGUGUGCACCUGCAAAUUUUAAGCAAGAAGUUGAAUUUAUGACAGUAUUCAUUUUCUUAAUUCUAUUCAUGUGUAUUGUUCGCUGAGGUUGAAAAGUAAUGUAGAAAAUACUUCCAUAUUUUAUAAAUUAAUUUAUUGUAAACACUCUACAAAAUAUAAUUAUUAAAAUAUAUCCAAAUAGAGGCUUUCAAGUUAAGUUACCUGAGUGAAUUGGGUCACCAAUUGUUACUAUUUUUCGUGUGAAGCAUAUCUAUGAUAAGUGGAAUAUAAAUUUUCAUAAUAUCCUAUGCAUUGUAUGUGUCUAUACUUAUAAAUUAAGGCUUUUUGAAAAUAAACAACAAAAUGCCUGCACCAGAGUACUUGCUUACACCUUUGGUAUUUCAACACAUGUGUGAUUAUGUCCGUGAAUUAUUACUGAGUUUUAACUUAUAAGUUACUAUUGUGAAAUUCAACAAAAACCUUUUUUAUUUUCGAUUAACAAGCCCGAAAAUAGCAAAUAUGAGAAUAAGGUGGUGGACAUGCUUUGGGGGAUGCAAGUUAAUAUAUUUACUGUAGGCCUAUUUAGAGAAUACAUAGAAGUUAAGAUUUGACAAAUGUUGAAUAAAUAAAAUAAGUCAGUUCGUUUCUUUAGUGGGCGAUUUUAGUUUUGAUACUCAUUAACUUGCGAAGCACGACCACUGGUGAGAGAAUGGGAUAGAACUUUCGGGGUAACCAAGAACCCGGAUUGACUAAUUAACGAAAAGUUUAGGACGAGUUCAUCAUGCAUUGCGGGCAUAUAGCUUGUAUCGGAGUUCGAUUGAUACAAAAAGUUAAUAAAUAAAUUGGAACAAUUAAUGCGAUUUCAGUAUUAAUGGAAAGAACUUUCCAGAAUGGGGUGCCCAGAAACGGGUUGUCUACUUGACAGCAUGGCGGACAGUGUAGGACAAGUUACCAUCGGGCAGAUACUUUGAAUCUGACAACUUUGGUUUAAAGACAUGCAUGCAAAUAGAUAAUAGUGCAUAACCUUGCAUGUUUUAAUUUCAUACAUUUUCAUACCACGACACAUUGAUUGUGAACCUAAUCAUUAAUGAACAGAUAAUUGUAUUCUACGUCUAUAUACUGCCAAUCGCAACUUCUCGGGAAGUUGCGAUUGCUAAACUGUAUAGAUAAAUGAUGUAUGCUCAAAAAGGUAAAGUUUAAUGGGGAUGCCCCCCCCCCCUCCGGAUUGUUUUUCUUUUAUCAGAAAUUAUUAUUUGUGACAGUAAUAGAAAUUAUAUUGAACAUUGACCUAGAGAACCAAAUUUAGAGAUAGAUACGCUAAAUACCUAUUCACUGGUUUGAAAUAAAUACAUGUAGAAUAAAAAAGGGUUUUUUUUCAAAGUCAGCUGCAACAAACUGGAUUAAGGCAACGAACAUGUACAUGUGUAUAUUAUCCAUUUCAGUUUAGAUUUUUCAUCCCUGCCCGCUCCUCAAUGAUAAAUUCCUAGUAAGAAAACAGAAAGCAAGUGCGACCAAAUUCAUUUGUCAGGGGGUCAGUAUAUAAGCCAUGGUUUAGAUGGAGCAUGUUUAAAUUUGAUAUGUGUGCGAUUGUGUGAUUGUGUGUGGGUUAUUAUAAUACUGUUUCGAAUAAACCAAAAGUUUCCAUCGUUAUAUGGAAAUUGUUAGAGUAUUAUGAAGUGAUAAUUUUGGUCGGGCGUGAUCAAAUCAAGUAAAGCCCGAGGGGCUUUCUUAUAAAUGAUUCUUUAUCAUUUAUUGAAGUUUCACUUAUUGUGCGAUUAAAUAUUUGAAUAUAAAUAAGCAAAGCCCGCUUUAGCCCCAAUUAAACUUCAUUUGAAUUAAUUGAACUGUAUAGUACAGAUUCGAAACGUAGUGUUACUAUUAUCACAGGCAAAGCCACUAAAAUGUGAAUAUAUCAUUAUAAAUUAAGGAAUGAAUUAUUUGCAUAAUGAUGUUUAGAAGCUGUUUAAAUUUAGUAGUCAAUUGAUGAUAUGACCCUGUAUGCUUUAUUGUAAAUAAAAUUAAUAAUCUUUGAUAUGAUUGUAAUGUAUUUACAUCUUUUAAAAUUAUUUGUGAAGGUGGUAUGGGACACUUUCAUGACAUACAGAUUGUCGAAAUAAACAAUAAAAUUAAGUGUAAUUUUGUAAAUAGUUCCUUUCCUAAAAUUGUCACUUAACAGUAAAGCGCAAUGGGUUAGAGGGUUCCCUACGAAUCUGUUAGUCACAAGUUAAAAUCCCACUGGGAAUUUUUAAAUAUUUACCUUUCCAAAAAUUUUUAAACGUAUUUUUUGGUUAAAUAAGAAAAAUAUAACCGGUGAAAGUAUUUUAAUUAUAAAGAACUUUAAUUAAAUCAAAGUUGACUGAUGUCCCAUACCUUUUUACAUUUAAAUAAUUGAAGUAUACAAAGUAUGGUAAUUUUAUGCGAGUUUAUCCAAGUAAAAUAAGUGCAAGCCCAUCAAAGAAAAUCAUAGUCCUACGGGAUCAAUUUUCUGAGAUAUGGUGUUGCAUUGCAUCAUAAGAGAAUGUGAGGAAAUUUUAAAACUUUUUAAUUGCAUCCGCCAAGACUUAGAUUAGAAACGUAUUGAAUGUGUUAGCCACAGAAAAGCUUUGCGUGGCUUUUUUAUUUACAGCAAAGAGAGUGGUAAUAUAUAAAUUGUCACCAUGUGUUUCUUUUUUUCGAUAAAAAAUUAAUUGAAAAAAGAUUAGAUACAGAAAGAAAAUAUAUUAUAUAUGCAUUUACUAUGAAAUCCUGAUAUGGCCACGAGUUCACUAUCGCACAAUCGAGGUUAAGGUCGAUAGCGCGAUGAUGCGAUUACGAUGGUGCAAUAUCGAUUAAACAAUGCUCUAUCGUGUCAUCGUUAGUUCUCUCUAUCUCGCCAUUGCACUAACGUACCACCGCUCUGUAAACCGAAUGGCUGGUGCUUGUUUUUUAAAUUGGAAUGUAGAUAAUUCACAUUUAAAAAAAUCUAGAAGUAAGAGCUAUUAGAUUUUGUUUUCUAAAACUAGCCUGUUAUAUAUUAAACCAGUACUCAUUAUCGUACUGCGUACUCUGAGCGUAGGAUCCACUAACUCAAAAAUCCGAGGUUGUAAAAGUUUGGGGGUGAGUUCUCUGCCGAAUAUGCUGAGUUUAGUUUAUAUCGUUAUGUAUAUGCUUUGGUGUGCUAUGAUGAAUGAGAUUCAGUGAUAUCAUCCGGGAUUUGAGAUUGCAAUUCUAUGAGAUUUCACUCCUAUUAUAAUGUGGUUUUUUUGUCAAAGAUAUGCUUGAUUUUUUUAAACUUGAUUAUUUAACUCUCAUUUUUGUUUUCACUGUCUUCGUAUCCAUAGGACAUUAUGACUUUACAUUGAAAUGAUUUGAACAAAUAAACCAUAUAUAUAUA